AUGUCUACUCUCUUUGGCCUUCUUGUCCUUCUAGUAUUGGUUGCAUCGUCUGCCCCUGAAGGAAAAAAGCAGCCUCAAGCAUUGCCUGUUGGCGCAUUAAAUGACUUGGAUAAGCAACACUUCUUUAAAGUUUUCGAUGGUCUUGAUAAAGAAAGUGUAAAGGAAGUGCAUUAUGCCGUUUUGGGGAACGCUGCCUUUGGUCGUGAGACGGCUGGCAUCAGUUGCUCUUUCAUUUCUACUUUCUUCGAUUCAGACGACCUCGAAUUGCAGUACCAUGCUUUGUCAGUUGCCAGCAUGAUUAAGGGGUGCAAUCCGAAAAUAUCGAAGACAGAUCAGUUGACUGAUGCACUGAAAAAGGAGUCAUUGACUAUCGACCAACUUUUCUACAUCCUCUCCAGUGCUGCUGCAGCUAAAGUCAAAGUUGAUAAAUCUGCUGUUCUGAAGCUGCUGACUAAUUUCAGUGAAAAAGGGAAAGAUCCUACGCACCUGUCAACUCUACUUGCUUCCGCUGUCAUAAGCGGUGGUACCGCUAAGGAACUUGAGUCAUUUGCUCCUUUGGUUAAAAAACUCGUUGAACAGGCUGAUGAAGCUGAUGGAACUAAACUAUUUUUCGAAAGAGGCGCCUACACCACGGCAUUCGCCGUCGAAAGCAUCUUCCGCUUUGCCGUCGCCACGCAGAAGGCUCCCGAACUGACCGAGCAACAACUCAUCAAGUUUGCCAACUUCUUGUAUGGGAGGCGUCGAGCCCAUCAUAUCCGCACCGCCUCGCGUGUUGCCUCCGUCCUGAAAGUGCUAUCGUCGAAUGCCUUUAUGACUCCAGUUGUCGUGUACGGCAAGUCGAAGAAUGAACGAGCCGGCGUCUCGGGCAUCCUGGUGCCGGAGUCACGAGUGGUGCAGCUUCGCGUGUACAACUUGCUCGGUGCUCCUGUAGACGCGGUCUCACUUCAGGCCGGUGGUUUGUACAGGGAGUCUCCCUCGUCCGAGCCGCUCCUCAUUGGUCCGAGUAGCCACGGUGACUUCAAGCAGGACAAGGACGGACUGUUUGUGCUCGAUCUAAAGGCCAAGGCUCCUUCCAUCUCCCACGGACGAUACGCUCUGGCUGUGACCGUCAGUCAAAGUCAGAAGAAAACCGGAGCCACAUUGGUGGGCCUCACGGACGUCAGGAUCCCCUUACGUGUGGUUUCCCCAGUGAAAAUCGAAGACGCUCAAUUCAAACUCUCCGACGCAUCAAAAACGAUCAUCGAUAGCCCAGUCCAGUUCCCCGGAAUGCUUUCUCCUGAAGCCGCAAGGUCUGCGAAGGACGCCGCCGUUCGAAUGCAGCACAACUCGCGCUUGCGUUUUCGUUUCACCCUGGUAGACGCAGUGACUGGCGACAAGUUCUCCCCUCACCAGGUCUUCAUGCAACUGACUCACAAUGCGACCCUCCAGUCCGUCACGUACCUCUGCAAGCAGUCAACCAUCGACCAGUCGUACUCAUUCACAUUGGACGUCGAUGGUGCUGCAGGCGACUUCGGCCACGUGUCGGGGCUGUACGCCAUGGAGCUGAUUGUCGGCGACUUCCUCCUGACCAAACCCGUCGUCUGGCACAUUACCGAUGUUGAUCUUCGUUUGCCCCUGGACGCGGACCGCCUGGUCGGCAAAAUGGGCGAGGACGUUGCCAGGUUGACCGUCGCCUCGGUGUCGGGGCGUAAACGCGCCGCCCCGCCACACCCCCUGAUUGGUGAGGGACCGAGGCCUGCCAGACCUGAGCUCGAGCACACAUUCAAGCAGCCUGAACCCCGCCCCUCGGACUUCCUCGCUUACACCUUCACGGCGCUGUGUUGUGUGCCGUUUGUCGUGCUGCUCCUCAUGGUAGGCAUCUUCGCACUCUACCUCCUCUACUGGUUCAAGCUGAACAUGUUCACUACCUUGCGCUACCUCCUCUUCAUCGGAGUCGUCACCUUCCUCUCUGGGAAUCGUCUGCUGCGCCAUUUGGUCAAUCGAAGACGCAAAGCCGAGUGA